UCCCAUAGAAAGGAUACAUUUUGGUGAGAAAGGGAGACAUCUUUAGAUGACAUGCUGUUUCUACAAUUUCUAUUUCUGGAUGCUGUCCUUGGAGGUGGUAUCACUAAAAAUGUGGUCCAGCAAAACAUUUCAUUUUACUUAAUUCAGAUCUCAUCCUAUGCCAACCAAUCCUGGGCACAAAAUCGUGGCUCUGCUUGGCUGGAUGAGUUGCAGACUCAUGGCUGGGACAGUGAAACAGGCACAAUAAUUUUCCUGCAUACCUGGUCCAGGGGUAACUUCAGCAAUGAAGAAAUAGUAGACCUGCAGCUUCUAUUUCGUGUCUACUUUUCUGGACUAACAAUGGAGGUUCAGGAACAAGCCAGUCAAUUUCAAAUCAAAUAUCCCAUUGAGAUACAGGUGAGAGUUGGCUGUGAGCUGCACUCUGGAAAGAUCACAAAAGACUUCCUCCAUGCAGCUUUUAAUGGAUUAAAUUUCCUGAGUUACCAAAACAAAUCAUGGGUGCCAUUUCCAGAGGGUGGGAUUAGGGCUCAGAAGGUCUGUGAUUUACUCAAUAUUUAUGAAGGCUACAAGGAAACAGCAUACUAUAUAAUCAGAGAAGUCUGCCCCCGUUCUCUAUUGGGUAUCCUGGAUGGAGCAAAGAUGGAUCUUCAGAGGCAAGUGAGACCAGAGGUCUGGCUGUCCAGUAGUCCCAACCUCCAGCCUGGUCGACUGUUGCUGGCUUGUCAUGUCUCUGGUUUCUACCCAAAGCCUAUUUGGGUGAUGUGGAUGCGAGGCACACAAGAACAACUGGAAACUAAACAAGGUGAUAUUCUUCCACAUGCUGAUGGGACAUGGUAUCUUCGGGUGACGCUGGAUGUGGAAGAUAAGGAGGCAUCUGGGCUGUCUUGUCGAGUGAGGCACAGCAGCCUGAGAGACCAAGACAUCAUCCUCUAUUGGGGACAUGGCCUCUCUGUGAUCUUGAUCACCUUUGCAGUGAUAGUGCCCCUGGUGCUUCUGAUAGUUCUUGUAUUAUUGUGUAAGAAACGUUGCUCAUAUCAGGGUAUCCCAUGAGAUGACUUCUCCAGCCUCUGCCUUGCUAACAAGAAGCCAAAUUCCCAAGGGCUUUGGACAGCAUGGUGAUGACACCCUUUCUACAAUAUGUUUGAGUUGCUUCUCUUUUUUCAUACUAAUUACUUGUUAAUUUGUUCCAGAUUAUGAAACUUGACAGGAUAGCACCUCUGUUUUUGUCAGUUGUAUUAAACCCUUGAUUGCUAUUCCUGAUUUCACUUUGUCCAGAGACCUUAUUGACCUUUGUGUAUGAAGCAGCCUUUCUUUCUUAUGGGCUCAGUGAGCCCUUCAACUGCACUCUGUUUCAAGCGUCCCUCUGUUGCUGCCUGAAUUGC